AUUUCCUUCAAACAACCCAAAAAAAUCAAUACAUCUUAUCUCUCCUAUACAAAACCAAUAACUUCAUUCCAACUCCAAUCCCAACUUAAUGACAAUCAAUCAGAAAAAACUAUUGAGUCUACACCUCAAA